CACAGUAACAUCUCCCCCAGAAGGGUUAGAAUGAGCUUUACAAGUCAGCCUGAUAUGUGCGCAAGACUGUAACAAUGAUGUCAAAAGAUGUUGACUUAUUUUUGUGGCGGUGUAACCCGGAGGGUUUUCAAUGGAACGCUUGUGUAGGCGUUUAUUCUGCAGUGAAAGAUUUUCAGUACGUACAUAACACGUAGACUAAAGUCUGUAGGGAUCGAGAGCAUCCGAUACGUUCGUUCGCAAAGAGUUUUGUACAUCACGGGAAAAGACUUGUGUUUUAUUGAGCUCAAAUUUUCUGUUUUCAAAGGAUUCUGGAGCUGAGUUCACUGUCUGCUGCGACAGCAAAGUAUUUAGUUACAUCUGAACUAACUGUACAGGAUCAUAUAAGCCAGAAGUCAUCUGUAUGAGAGGUCAUUAACCCCGCGACGUGAACGCCACUUUCAUCUUAGAUUCGUUUAGAGAGACUGCAGGUUAAAACUUAAAUCAACGAGUGCCGUUCAAAGAUCUGUUUACACUGUGGGACUUGAACUACUUGAGAGAUGCUGGCGUUUCGUGUAAGGAGGAGAAUGGGUCUUCUCCUUGGGCUUCUUCUCUGUUCACUUGUCAGUGUACAACUCUUCAACCUCAGUCUUGGAUCCUUUGAGCGAACUGCUAAAGAUUACCCGAACUCGGGCCUGCCGACUUCUCAAGACCCGUGGAACUUCGGAACGUGGAAAGAGGGGCAAACAAGGAGUGACAAUGCUAAGGUUAAAUCACUGAAGGACUUCGGAGUAGGAGUAAUGGAGUAUGCUGGGCAAGGUGGUGGUAACCAAGAGAUCAUAGCUGAAAAACAAUCCCUGGAAAGCACCUCAAGAAUAAGCACGCAACCUUUAAGACGCUUUUCAAAAGUUUCCCCGGCUGUUCUUCAGGAAGAAAAAUGCCCAGGUUGCUAUGGCACUACCCUUUGCGACAAAUUCUAUGCCGGUAAUAUCACCCUGGAUAUGGAGACUGCCGGACAGGCCAAGCGGAAGGGGGUUUUCUUUGGUCACAUGGAGGGACAGCGGAUAGUAGGCAAGCACCUUGCUGAUCCAAGUGAGUUCAAGCGGUUGGACCAUUUUGUCUGUCAGAACAGCAGUCGUCGGAUCCGUCCCAAUCAGUCAUGUGAUGUGAGCUGGGACAUUCUUCACUCACAUUUGGCAAGCAGGAUGGCUUUAGACGUCGAGUACAUCCGGAAGGAUGCACACAAAGUGGCACAGAAAACUCCAUCUUCUCUUGGCUUGGCGCUGUGUGCCAGUGACCGGUUCCUUGGGCAGCUGAAGGACCUGUAUGGCCUCAACAGGUGGACCAGGGACUGCUCUCCAGAGAUCGCUACCCUCAUGACUUCACUGAUUCUGAAUCCAGAGGGGCUCCUGCUCAAGUUUUUCCAGCAGUAUGUUCCCGAACUCCAGAAGUAUUUCCCGACCUACCUGGGUGAGUGCGGCCGCAUGAUUGUAGUGGCAGAAGCCGGGGAACCCCUGAGCGAAUACCUGGAUGCAUCCUGGGACGUCCGGGCCGACCUGUCGCGACAGAUCCUGCAGAUGAUCUAUGAUUUCCAGAAUGCCAGCAGCGAUUGGAUGGUCGUCUUUGCAGACUUCAGAUAUGAGAACUUUGCAGUAACGACGGACGGACGCAUACAAUUACUGGAUCUUGAGGAUAUAAUGAUCAUUGACAAGAGAGAAAUUGUUCCAGCUAAGAAACGCCCGUCAGAAUGCAACGAGGAGUGUUUUGUCUCAUUCACCAAGAGCCUCUUCCAGAGUGAAGGGCAGGAUUGUGGGGUCGUUCCCCACCACUCUCAGAUGAUGCUGCUUCUUGCCUGCCACAAGAUCCUGUCAGACCUGGAAUCCACCAAGUACCUGCGCUACUUUUAUGACGAAAAAGAGAAACAAGUCUCAACAGUGGGUCUGUUGCACGACGUACCAGAUAUCCUGGAGCCCAAUAUGUCCAACCUACUCUACAACUGUGUGUUUGAGUCUUCGCCUGGUCAGAGGAUCCAAUCAGCCAACAUUCUGAAGAGACUCCUUGAGGUGACUGGACGAGGAUUCAUGAGAAGCUGAAGAGGAGGCUGUGUCUUACUGAGGUCAACAAGGGCUUGUCGGUAAUAAGGCUUUUUAUUUGAUGAAGUUAGGAUGUGUCCUGGUUCCUUGUUAAACUUUUUGGGAAAACCCAUCCAGUAAGCAGUGCAGUUAUAAGACUUUUGUGCACACCCCAUCAAUGGUGAAAAAUAACCGAUAUGUUUUCGAUGUUGAAGGACACUUGAGUUUCACCACGGUUACGUACUCAUGCUUGGAUAACGUGUUGGGCACAGAUGCUAUCCGGGUGUAUGCACACUCAGUACGUGCAUUAUGGAUGCAUCCUUCACUAUCUCUUGGGUCUAAGCAAAAUUGUGCCGUUAGUUCCUGUGCAGAGUUUGUUGCUUAUUUCAUCUUUUGAGUGAACUCGGUGGUGUAAAAUAUCACCGCUGAACUGUGCAAUUGUGCGUAUGUUUGAAAGCUUCUCACUUUUUUUUUGUUGGACAAAAAUGUGUAGUGGAGUGAAAGGUUUGAGAAUGGGUGGUGAAAUAUAGCAGCCAUUACUUCAGAGUCCUCUGGGAAAAAACAAUAUCUGAAACAAAUUAUGCUGCUCAUAGAUACUUUCAUGAAAAUGAGUUGCAAAAAGUGGACCACAAAUAUCAUCAACAGCAAGUAAGCCAACACAGACUGAAGUUCAAGCCCGCGGGAACAGGAGGUGCUGUGGGUGCUGCCGCACCCCCAACUUUUUGGAUUGGGGGGGGGGGGGUGCUGGAAUAUACUAACGGCCCCUCCCCCCUGGCAAAAGAGUGUUCCAGCACCCCCUGGCAAAAAUGUGUUCCAGUGGGCUUGUUGAAGUUCCUGUGUCACUAUUACUGAUACUGGGACCUGAAACAGCUUCAAUUAAUAGACAAGUGGUGCUAAGGUGCCUAGUUGUUUCUCAAAGUUUGAUCAUCACAAGCCUUCAAGUUUGCGCUCCUGAGGUGUGAUCAGUGGGUUGCAAUGGACUUGGCAGUUGGAUGACCAAUUUGUGCUGAAAGCAAUCCGUUCCAGUUAUUAGUUGCACAUCGACACUCCCACAGUGAUGAAAUAGCUACCUCCGGGAUGUUUAGAAUAAAAUAAAUGACUUUAGUAGCGACUUCCUGCAUCCCAUUGCGUCAUUCUGGUAGCUUCUAUAGGUAACUUCCUAAAUACAUUGACAUGUAUGCCUUAGCCCUGAUGAUGUAGCCCAAUAAGAUACUGAAAGAAUAACAGUCACCUUGAUGCACCACCCUGAAAAACAAGUAACGUUCCCCAUUCUUUCCUGACAAAUUUUUGUCUUGAUACCUGGAGCUUAGGCAUAACAACUUUACGGAAAUGCCUUUCCUGGUCAUGUGCGCUUGAGUUGCUUGCUGAGUAUGCCUUCAUCCCCAAGAGAUUAAGACGAUGGGGGUGACUGCUCUGCAGCCUACUGAUGGGAUCUCAAGAAAUGCCACAGUUGGCUCAAGAAUUGUUUAAAAAUGUCUUCCAAGCUUUUUUGAAGUAGGCUCUGUUUUUUUUUGCAAUACAGAAAAAUGCGUUCAGAGUUAUCUAUGAUAACUACCAGAUAUUAGUGGCAUACAUUGAAUUAAGCUUGUGUGUAUGAAACGUGUAUAGAGUUUUAAAAAAAUUGUGUGCAAUGAAUAUGAAAUGCCUCAUUUGGACGCAUAAACUUUAAAAAAAGGUGCUUUCUAUAUUAAAUCUUGUGGUUAAAUAUAUGUUUAACAUUGUGCUGCUGGUAGUUUGUUUUAUUUUAAGAUAUUGUAUUGAAAUAAGGCCCGCUGUGGAGAACAUUGUAAACAAAUUUCAUGCCUCUAGUUUUAUUUAUCACUUGUAUAAAUUCCAUUCCUCAAUAGUUAUUGCCAUUUUCUAUCGUCUUUGGGACUCUAAAAAUGGAGACGGCAUAGUAACAGCCAUCUUCAGACAGCAAAGUAUAGUACAUGUAUCUAAUUAAGUGUCUCUUUUAUUGUUUGUAGGCAUUUGUAAAAAAAAAAGAAAAGGCUAACAGAUUUUCAGUCUGAAAAGUUUCAAUAUCUUCACUGAUUAAUUUAAGUGAAAUCCAACAGUAAGAGAAGUCACUUACUGAAAUUCAAUUACUUGUUUAUUUUGUUGGCACUUUGUUUUUAGUGUAAUUUGUUGAUUGUUGAUGCACUUAUUCAUUGGAUACAAAUGAUUUUGAUUUAUGUAUAAAUUUGCCACUUAAACAGUACUGCAAUGUCACAGUUUUUGGUUUGUUUUAUGUGCACAGCAAUGUGAGGGAUGAUUUAAUGAAUUAUGACCGGAGAGUUGGUAAUUUUAUUUUAUAUAAACGUUAGAUUGAGUGGUGCGGAUAGAAAUUAAUUAAUUUAAAUAUGAGAAACAUAGACUUAAAAAAAAGUAUUUUUCCUUUUUAAUUUCAUCAAUUGCCUGCACAUAGUACCAAGAUAAAGGACGUAAUGGGUAUUUGUACAAUAAAUGCAAUCGAAGAAGCAUCCCGACA